ACCGAACUCACCACAAGGCACUCCAUGAAAAUUGACACUGACACCGUGAAUUGCUCUCUGUGAAAAGGGAAAGUGAAGUGAUAGUUUUCCCUUUUUUGUGUCCUCGGGAAAAGCCCCAAAAAGUGCAAGAGGGUUCGUGAAUGUGAAGAUUGAUCCUGUCGCUGUACAUUCAGCUGUGAACAUGAUGUACGAACUCUCAUCGGACUGUUUGAUAUCCAAUCCGAGGAAUUGUUUUGCCGUUUUGGCGCCCAAUUCCUUAUCUUUUCGACCUCCAAAAACCACCACAGCCCCCACACAGCCAGAAUUCAUCCCCCUGACAGACAUCAAGACAGUCAAUCGGGUCAAUGUACGCAAAUUCCGGCGCAAUCCUGCCCAAAGUGGCGGCGUGAGUCUGCUCAAGACGCAACCAGGAAGUUUGGUGGUGAAGAUGGGAGAGUCUGGGAGUAUCCUUCAACGCACAGAUGAUGUCCGAUGCUAUUUGCGGAAGAAGACUGGGCAGGGAGUGAAGCGUCCGGCGACUGAGAGUCUUCCGGGGGCAACUGCAAAGACUGCGGAGGCGUCAACGGCCACAAAGCGACUGUUUGUGGUGCAAAAUGGAGAUCUGAAGCCCAUCCUGUCUUCGAAUAUUGCCAAUUCAGGUGUCUUCCGGCCCAGUGAGCCAAGGCACACCACCCUCCCGGACUGUGAGCCCAGGAACAUCAUCAUUGCUGACACAAUCAGGGGAGGAAUCAUGACGCCGCAGCACUACGAGGAGGAACUGAGGAGAGUCAAGCCGGUGCCUCAGGCUCCACGACGGAUUCUGUAUCGUGUCAUCCGGCCGGGAGAUGUGAAUCUUGGGGGCGGGGAGGAAGCUCUGGCUGGACCGGUGGCCACAAGGGGACGCGUGGGACGGCGCAAAGGGACACUGAAGAAGCCUCCGAGCAUUCAGGUGAGUGCAGAGGAGGAGCCAGUUCCAACGGCCAGGACACGUUCAGGCAGACUCACGAGACCUCCGAGGCACAUUCACCUGGACUACCGUGGGAAUCAGGU